AAGAUGACACCUAAUUGGAGCAAUCCAUUAAUUUUAUCACACUCGUCAACAAUACAUUAAAUAUGGACAUGAAAAUCUGGAGAAGUAUUAAUUGAAUGUCAUUAACUAAAAAUUCCUUUAAUUGAGCAAAUACUAAAACAAAUUUCCUAAAAUUAAGUAAACAGAGAUAUCGCAUUGUUUUUUGUUAAAAAAACAAACAACUAGAGAGAUAUAUAAAAACGGUACUUAAGUUGAGUGCCAUAUAUAUCCAAACCGUUUUUCAAAAGAGCAAGAACUCAAAUAUUUAAAAAAAAAAAAACAGAGCUAGAAGAGGAUACAGAAAACAGGGGAGAAAGAAUUCCAGUUCCAAAGCUUGAAAAUGACCAGCAGCUACAUUGAGGCUAUGAAUUCCAUUUUUCAAUGUAAUUUACCUCUUAUACGACAAUGGAUAUUCUCCAGCGAAGUACAUGAACUUCCAUUGAAUUAUUAUAUACUUGGAUAAAGAUGGAUGUCAAAAACUCUCUCCAAUUAACGACUACUUCCGGUGCCUAUGAUGAUGAUGGACGUCCGAAAAGAACUGGAAAUUUAAAGAGUGCUGUGGCUCAUAUCAUAACCGCGGUUAUAGGUUCUGGUGUUUUGUCUUUGGCAUGGAGUGUUGCUCAAUUAGGAUGGAUUGGAGGGCCGAUUGCCUUGCUUUGUUGUGCAAUAGCUACAUAUGUUUCUUCAUGUCUUUUGGCUGAUUGUUACAGAAAUCCUGAUUCUGUAACUGGGAAAAGAAACUACUCUUUUAUGGAUGCUGUUAGAGUAAAUCUUGGUGAGAAAAGGACAUAUGCGGUUGGUUUUCUUCAAAUUGUGAGCUUGUAUGUGACUUGUAUUGCCUAUGUAAUUACCACAGCAACAAGUAUGAGGGCUAUUAUGAGAUCAAACUGUUAUCACGAGGAAGGGCACAAUGCUCCGUGUAAAUAUGGUGGUAAUGUGUAUAUGAUGUUGUUUGGACUAGUUCAGGUUGUAAUGUCAUUUAUACCAGAUCUACAUAGCAUGGUAUGGGUUUCUGUUGUUGCUACAAUAAUGUCCUUUGCAUACUCGUCAAUCGGACUUGGACUUGGGUUAGCCACAGUCAUAAAAAAUGGAAGAUUUAUGGGAAGUAUGACUGGAGUACAGACUGCAACUGUUGCUGACAAAAUCUGGUUAAUCUUCCAGGCACUUGGUGACAUUAGUUUUUCCUAUCCAUACUCAAUGCUUUUUCUUGAGAUACAGGACACUCUAGAGUCUCCUCCAGCAGAGAAUAAAACGAUGAAAAAGGCCUCCAUGAUGUCAAUCUUGAUUACAACAUUCUUCUACCUAUGUUGCGGAGGCUUUGGAUAUGCAGCUUUUGGAGAUGCUACACCAGGAAAUCUCUUGACAGGGUUUGGGUUUUACGAGCCUUUCUGGCUUAUCGACUUUGCCAAUGUUUGCAUUAUCAUUCAUUUGGUUGGAGGAUACCAGAUAUACAGUCAACCAAUAUAUAGUACUAUUGAUAGAUGGUGUUCAAAAAGAUUCCCCAAGAGUGGCUUUGUGAAUGAUUUUCACAAAGUGAAACUUCCUCUAUUACCUGCUUUUAAGAUCAAUCUAUUCAGGUUUUGUUGUAGAACAAGCUAUGUGAUUUCAACAACAGGACUUGCAAUUUUAUUUCCUUACUUCAACCAAAUCUUAGGAGUAUUAGGAGGCAUAAAUUUUUGGCCAUUGGCGAUAUAUUUUCCAGUUGAGAUGUACUUUGUACAGAAGAAGAUUGAAGCUUGGAGUACACAAUGGAUUGUUCUCAGAUUAUUUAGCUUUGCUUGCUUUCUUGUCACAGUGAUGGGAUUUAUUGGGUCAUUUGAAGGAAUCAUACGUGCUAAACUUAGCUAAAAAAAGGUUUAUGCACAUUAUCACUUGCCAAUGGUUAUUUUAUUUUGGUUAUAGAGUGAUUCCUGUAAGUUUGUUUCAUAUCAUGUAAUAUUAGUGUUUUCCAGAGUUAGAAACGUAUUAAGCUAUGAAAUAAUUCGAGUUGCUUGAUGCAUCAUUAUCUUCAAAGAAAAAGUUCCACCAAAAGUUUUAA